AUGUCGGCCCUCGAGCGCUUCUGCUUCAUCGUGGACUGGUUUGACGUCCAUGCCCAGCUGACGCGCAAGUACCAGCUAUUCUUCUAUCCCUGCGACAACACCAUGGAGAUGUAUGACAUCAAGCAGCGCCGAACCUUCCUCAAGAGAACGAAUGCGCCCAUGAAUCUGGAGGAUCUCUACAUCGGUGCAUCCGUCAACGUGUUUGCGCGGCAGUUGACCGUCCGAGACUACGGGGACGACUUUACCAUCAACCGACUGAGUCGGCAGAUGGAGCGCGUCUUGGUCGCCGUCAAGCCCCACGCCUUCGAGCGACUCGGUGAGAUCCUUGAUGACAUCCUUGCACACCAGUUCACGAUCUGCCAACUCAAGAUGGUGGACAUGACCACCAAGCACAUUGGCGAGGUGUUUGGGCCCGAGUACGAGAAGCUCGACAACUACAGCGAAUUUGAAAGCUCCUUCGAAGGCAAAAAGCUCGUUGUGAUGGAGCUCAUGCGUCUCGGGGCCUGUGCUGAGCUGAAGGUGGUAUGCGGGCCCGACCGAGUGGAGCAAGCCAAGGCCGAGGCACCGCUUUCACUCCAUGCUCGAUACGGCAAGUCGGGACUCUUCAACGCCGUGUUCUCGUCGAGCUCGGCGAACAAUGCCAAAGCGGAAAUCGCAUACUUCUUUGGCCCUACAUCGCCGCUCAAGUUUCGCCGACUCACUCGUUUUCACAACUGCACUCUGGCAAUCAUAAAGCCACAUGCCGUCAACUCCGGCCUGUCGGGCCAAAUCGUCAGCUCCAUCCAAAAGGAAGGCUUUGAGAUCAACGACAUGGAGCUGUAUCAUCUCGAAAAGGCCAACGCCGAGGAGUUUCUGGAAGUUUACAAGGGGGUCGUCAGCGAAUACCAUCUGAUGCUCGACCAGCUUAUCUCAGGAUCCUGCAUCGCCAUCGAAAUCGUCGGGCCCGACUCUGGCAUCGUCAGCCACUUCAGGGAGCUCGUGGGGCCUGCCGAUCCCGCCCUUGGCCGGCAGAUUCGUCCGCACACCCUGCGAGCCAAGUUCGGCAUCGACAAGGUCAAGAACGCGAUCCACUGCACGGACUUGCCCGAGGACGGGUCACUUGAGAUCCAAUACUUUUUCAGGAUUUUAGCAUAG